UCUCUCAGGCGGAAGUUGUAGAGAGCAGCUGAAGUUUAAGGGUGGUUUUUUUUGGUUUUGUUGAUUUUUUUUUUAAAGUCUAGCUACUGAAAGUAGGAGACAUUACCCUGAAACUGUCAAAGCAGGGAGGGUCCAAUACACACAAAGCAAGCUCAGGAGCAGAGCUGAAAAGAUGACAAAAGAAUCCGAUGGGAAAGAUUCCGUUGUCUAUUACUACUGCAUCAAAUUUGCCCUCUCUGCCUAUUCCACCUUGUUUUCGAUAAUUGGCUUGGUGAUUCUCUGCAUUGGGAUCUAUGCAGAAGUGGAAAGACAAAAGCACAGAACCUUGGAAGGGAUUUUCCUAGCUCCGGCUGUGCUUCUCCUCCUUCUGGGCAUCACAAUGUUUGCUGUUUCCUUUAUUGGAAUGGUUGGGUCCCUCCGAGACAACAGAACACUGCUGAAGAUGUUCUUCUGGGUCCUUCUGGUGAUUUUCAUCAUGGAGAUGCUGUUGAUAUUCAUUGAAAUAAUCUUUGAACAACAGAUGAAUGCAGUUUUUCAUUCCAACAUCCAAGAGGGGAUUAGGCACUAUUAUGAUGACCUGGAUUUCAAGAACAUUUUGGAUUUUGUACAAGAAAAGUUCUCUUGCUGUGGAGGUGACGAAUAUACAGACUGGACUGUCAAUCAGUACCACUCAUGCAACAGCAGCGGUGCUCUGGCCUGCGGCGUUCCAUACACUUGCUGUAUCAAGAAGGUCCCUGGAGAAGUUGUCAACACUCUGUGCGGAUACAAGACCCUGGAAAAAGAGCGACUGCAGUUGGUUGACAUUAUCCACGUGCGAGGCUGUAUCCAUGCACUUGGCCUGUGGUUUAAAGACAACUUUGAAGUCACCUUUGGGAUAGUUUGUUCCUUGCUGCUUCCCCAGGUACUUGGCCUGGUCAUGGCUUGGUUAUAUUGGCAACAGCUUGACGACAUAUACUCCCGACAGGACACCGUUGACUUCAGGGGACUCGAAGUGAUUGACUUCAAAACAGUGGACUUCACAGGUGCUGGCUGGUGCCUGUGUUUUCCCAGAGAAGGAGGCUACAUUCCUGUCAAUGUCACAGAUGAUGAUGAAGAUGAUGAAGUGGCUAUGAGCCAAAGUAAAAGUAUGAAGGGGUACUGGGAUCAUCUUCAAAGCAGCAGUUCAGAGCACAGUGUGCCUGAGAGUGUGGACUAGAGACUGUGCGACAGACCUCCAGUAGGGAAAUAACUAGACAUCACAUAGAAUCAUGCUUCCUCCUCAAAGACAUGGUCCAUGGGAGCCAGAGUUGUAACAAAACUGAUACCUCUGUAAGAAUCAACACACCCUCAAGACACACGAGCUCCAUAGUUUACAUGCACUGUCUUGGCAACGCCAAGUAUUUGUAUAUGUCUCUUUUUUACAAAAUAAAUGUAACUCU